CUGUGCCUGAUGUCGGCCAUGAGCCGGAGACAUUGCUGAUAAAGACGAAGCGCCGGAGGCUCGAGGCGAUGCAGCAAUGGACGGACCGCUUCGAGACAGAUUACCGGUACCUCCGACGCGCGCUUGCGCGCGCCCUAGGACAGUCGGUCCCAAUGUCCAGCUCCUCAUCGACGGUCCAGGAGACGUCCGGGCCAUGGAGGUGGAUCGAGAAGGACUGGCCGUUCGACUCGGAGUGGACAUGGGGGUGCACGGACGGACGAGGCGACAACGAGACUGAGGGCUCCCGCCUCUGGAGUGCAGCAGCCCCGGACGCUGACGCUGAGGAGGAGCUCGAUGAGGUGCCAGAGGUCUUUUCAGAGCUUGUUCUCGGCUGGCUGAUGCUCGCGCGCUCAGGUCUUGACUCCCGCGAGAGAUCGGCGACCUUGACCGCGACAGGAGGAUCGCUCGACAUUGACAUCAUGCGCGAGACACUGAUAUCGAGCUGGGAAGAUGAUGACCUAGCCGAGCGCGACGGACAGGCCAAGUACCCGACGGCAUAUGCAGCCCAGCUUGGAGAGGAUGAUCGUACAUGGCUGGGCGCCUGGGAGGACGACCUGGACGCCGGCAGCUCCGCGGCGGGUCAGGAGCCUCCGGGGAUGUGCGACGAGGAGCCAGACAAAUCCGAGGCAGAUCAGGACGACAUCGAGACGUACUUGGCAGCCCAGCACGAGGAGGCGGAGGCCCUGGCCGCGAUCCACAGCGCCCAGCGGGCCCUCCGCCAGGCUCGCGAGGCACAGGCGGACAAUCGCCUAAGCUGGGGUUUCUACCGGGGUGGCGCGGCGAACGCGCCAGACGCGAGCGCGAAGGUGGCCACCUGCAGGAAGGAGCUGAAGUUCAACCUCGUGGCCGCGAUGGCUGCCGAGCAGGAGUGUGGGGGCUCGACGUGCGAGGCGAUGUCUGCAGAGCAGACCAUCCGUGAGGGCGAGGGGGUCGUCGACCUGGGUUGCGCGGGCGCCGUGGGAGGGGGGCGCGCGCUUGACGUCGUUGCCCGCGAGAAUAUGAAGAAGUGCGGGGAGACGCGGCUCCAGGAGGCGAGCCUGGACUACCGCCCAGUGUGCGCCUUCGGGAACGGCGAGAAGGAGCGCGCCCACGGCCAGGUGAAGCUCGGGAUCGCGGGCGCGGGCGUGCAGGGAGACAUCGCCGUCGACGGCUUUGCGAAGGACGUCCCGAUCCUCGUGUCCAAGAAGGUGCUGAAGAAGCUGGGGUCAGUCGUGGAUUGCGACACCAGUGUCGCAGUGUUCGUGGAGCUGGCCCCAGACGGGCUCCUCAAGGCGGAGGUGGUGAAGGUGAUCGAGGAGCUUGGCCCCGCCUUCAGCCCCGUCUGGAGCUCGGGCGAGCUGAAGCAGAUCAUCAAGGAUAACCUGUUCCCGCGGAACGAGGCGGAGGCACAGGGGGCCGUGAAGGGCAUUAGCUCCAUGAAGAAGGCCGAGCGGAUCGGGGCGGCGACGGGGGUCGGGGCCCACAUCGCGCCGAACAUUGCGAGUGCCGCGCUCGAGUUAGCGAUGCGCAAGGCAGUCCUCCAGAAGACCGCGCCGGAGCCGACCGACUACAUGGGGUUCGGGAAGCGCGGUGCCAUGACCUACCAGCAGGUCCUGAUCCAGUUCCCGUCGUCCUACGCCAAGUGGGCCAAGAAGGAGGCGAACUCUGAGAGCAGCUGGGAGCUCGUCAGGUUUGUUUCAUGGCUCAACGAGACGGGAGUCGUCCAACUACAAAAGCAGAUGGCCAAGGACCAUGUGGAUGUCCCGGUGGAGCCGACCAUGGCUCGAUGGGGCGCGAGGUCAUCUCGCCAUGGGGCAGUGGACGUUCUGAUGGAGGACGAGCUCGCGGAGGAGGAGAAGCAGGCCGCGGACCUGAAGGAGAAGCAGGUCAACCGCCGCGUCCAGGAGGAGGUGCUAUCAGCGCUAGGCCAGCUGAACCAGAGGCCGGAGAGGUGCAUCAAGGAGACCAACCACACCGAGGACCUCGAGGCGCUACUCGCCCAUGGAGGGGUCAAGCUAAUGGAGGUGGCCUGCAGUCCAGCCUCCAUCACGAGCGCGAAGAUGGCGGCGAAGAUGGCCUCUGAGGGUCCAGGAGGUCAUCGGCAUGGCGAGCUCACAGGAGGUGGACUCACAGCAUUCACGAGCUACUAUAUAGACGAGUUUGCGAAGAGGGCAGUGCGAGCCAUGAUUGAGGAGGGUGCGCCCGACUACCGCGAGUUCAUGAGGGGCCUGACUGAUGCCCGGGCGCCGGAGGAGCAGGCCUUAAACGCAGGCAAAGAUAACGACUUCAUGGGCAUGGACCAGAGCUCCAAGGAGUACCAGCAGAUCAUGCGAUGGCUCACCUCUGUGCGUAGAGGAUCGGGCCACAGUCCGAAGGCCUCCAUGCUGAACGCGCUGAGGAGGAAGAGUGUGUGCCCUCAGGUGCUGCGCGUGGCGGAGGACUUCCAGAGCGUUGCCUGUGCUGAGGUGAACCACCACCGACCGACGCAUACGCCAGUCAGCCUCGAAACCAUACCCCCAAAGUGGAAGCGCAUCCAGGCCGACCAGUUCGAGUGGGAGCAACCUCGGAAGAAGAUCAAGUCCCAGUUCUCACUGGUCAUCGACGAGAACUGUAAGGUGAGGAAUCCAGUGUGGGCCGACCUGAAGAGCUUUUACGAGGAGCGGUGGUUGCGAUACUUCGGGAGGCCUCGGAGGGUCAAGGUGGACCCUGAGGGCUCGUGGAUGUCAAAGCAGGCCCACUGGCACACCGUCUUGGCGGAGGAGGCUAUCCUGGCCACGAGAAGAACGAUGGACAGGCUCGUGGCGGAGAACCCGGAGAUUACCACCGAGGAGACCUCGACGUCCACCUCUUUGAUAUUGACUUUCACGAGCUCCCCAUACGUCGAGGCCCACCGGGUUGACAAGAAGUACGGCGAGAACUACACGAAGAUGUACGCCACAGAGCAGGAGUACCUGGGGCAGGUCUACCGGCGACGGAUCAGCCGGGCGGAGGACGCGAAGAACCAGGCGCUGAAGGCUGUGUCCCCUGGCAUGUGGGUGCGCUACGUCCGCAAGGAGAAGGGCGAGACCCGGGGCCAGUUCAAGGGCUUCGCGCGGGUGCUCGCUGCGGAGACCAGUCGCCCGGCGGACGGUGACCUCGGGGAGAACCAUACCUUGCAUCCAGGACGGGCUGGGCCAGUGGUGUGGCUGGUCCGGGCAGGCCGCAUCAUCAGGGUGGACUUGUGCCAGAUCCAAGCAGCGUCGGCGCGUGAGAUCGCUUGCGCGGAGCUCAUGGGCGGCAGGGACACCCCAUGGACGGUGCACACCUUCAUGAAGCAGGCAAUGAAGCAGGAGUGCCUGGACUUCUGA